GAUUUUAGCCCAUCCAGUUCUCCAGAUUCCAGAUUCCAUUUCAAUCCACCAAUCCACUCAAAAUUUCAGGAACGACGCCGAGCCAAGCUACUACCAUGCUCACAUACGGUCUGUUUGCGUUGCUUGGAACGUAUGUCACAAAUCGAACAGGCUGUCGAAAGUGGUCUAUUGAAAUGUCCGAUGUGUCGUGAGAUGGCUCAGAUACCGCCGUCGGGAGGUGUUGCCGCCUUCCCGUCCUCGUUCCUUCACAAUCAGUUGCUGGAUCUUAUGCAACGCCAGCGUCGAGACGUCGUGCCCAACUGCUCUGUACACCAACAAGAGCAACUGCUCUACUGUGAAUCAUGCGAUCUGGUCUUCUGUGAACUGUGUGAUUCACCCAAAACACGUUCCUGUGCCGAACACACGGUCGUCCCCUUCUCCGUGGCCAUUAAAAGACUCUCCGAGAUUGUCGUAUUCAAGGCGAAGCAAUGUGUCGCGAGUUUGAACACCGCGGCGGCGAAUGUCGACUGUGAAACCGUUCAGUUGGAUAAGAAUGUCGAUCGUAUUGUUGAAGAAUUGAAUGCCUCAUUCCAGGUUGGUUUCACCACCUCAUAG